AACACCAUCGCAGGUCCCAACCAUUACAACUAACUUACCGACACGGCGCGUCUUCCCUUUCUUCCACACAGCAAUUCGUACGAAUCACCACCGAAGCUCGAAACUCGAUAGAACCACCAUCUACCGCUCUAGGAGUACGCCCUCCCUCCUUUUCCUCCCGCCAUAGCCGUAGCCGUAACCGUAGCCGUAGCCGUAAGUCAGUCGUCAAACUAUCCGCGCUCCCAUCCGCCCACGAUGCCGACCGCGGGGCUCAAGACCAUCAUCGCGCUGUCCUUCGUGCUCGCCAUCGGCUUCCUGCUAGUCAUCCUGUCCUGCGCGCUAUACAAGGUCUACUAUCCGCUGCUGGUCGUUGCCACCUACGUGCUGGCUCCCAUACCCAACUGGAUUGCUACGCGCUGCGCCAAUCCCGAAGACUUCGUCGAGAGCACCGGAAAUGGCGUCUUGGACCUCGGCCGCUUCUUCACUGGCUUCUUGGUUGUUAUGGGCAUAGCUCUCCCCGCCGUCCUCGCGCACUCCGCUCUAAUCGGUAUCCCGGCGAUGGUAAUGUCUGUUAUCGGUGGACUAUUGAUCUAUGGGACUAUUAUCUCAUUCGGCAUGUUCUUCCAAGAGGAGCAGGAGUUUUAAUAUGCUGAAGUAGUAUUAAUGAGGAGGCUAAGCAUGACGCAAGACGACAUGCGAGAGAAGGAAGAGAGAAAGAGAGAGAGCAAAGGGGCAGUUUGCAUUGUUGUAAUUAUAGGCGUAUCAUGCGAAUUCAACGGAGUGGAGGGAAGGACUACUAGGUUUGCAUAGGUUGUCAUCUUUCAGGGCAUCAUUAUCAAGA